UAUUGGAAACUUUGCUUUUGCGAAAGCACUCUGUGAUUUAGGGGACAUCAUUAAUCUUAUGCCCCUGGUCAUUUACAAGAGGUUGGGCAUUGGGAGAGCUAGACCCACCUCUAUGCUGUUGCAGCUGGCUGACAGGACUGUGAAGCGUCCAUUUGGGAUCCUUGAUGAUGUACUUAUUCAGGUGGGGAAGUUCGUGUUCCCUGUUGACUUUGUGAUACUGGAUUGCAAAGUAGAUGAAGAAAUUCCUAUCAUCUUAGGAAGACCAUUCUUGGCCACAGGGAGAUCUCUUAUUGAUUGCAAGACCGGGGAGCUUAAGAUGAGGCUCAAUGACGAAGAGAUUAUAUUCAAUGUGCAGAAAUCUAUGAGGCGCCCAAGUGAGUUCGCAAAUUGCUCUCUUAUUGAUGCCGUGGAUGUAAUCGUUCAGUCUAAGGAUGAAGUGUUGACGAUUGAGGAUCCCCUCGCUGCAUGUUUGACGAAUUUGGAGGAAGUGAACGGUGAGGACUUGGCAGAAUGGGUGUUGACAUUGGAAGGUAGAGGGUUUUGGGAAAGAAAUCUAGAGUUUGAGCCCCUACACUUAGAAAAGAGGGAGACUCCUCCAGCUAAGCCAUCCAUUGAAGAACCACCGAAGCUGGAACUAAAUCCAUUGCCAGGCCACCUCAGGUAUGAAUUUCUGGGACCUAACUCCACCCUACCUAUUAUUAUCUCAUCUGGUUUGUUAGAUGUGCAGGUCCAACAACUUCUACAGGUAUUGAAGGAGUGCAAAACUGCCAUUGGGUGGACCAUGGCAGACAUCAAGGGGAUCAGCCCCGCGUACGGCAUGCAUAAGAUUCUGCUGGAAGAGGGGCACAAACCUUCCAGGGAACAUUAG